AUAAGUGAGCAAGUGAAUCUGUCUGUUGUACUGGCCAAUGUCAAUGUGAUCAUUGAACUGCCGCUGUCUGUCUCCGGAGAGGCUUCACCAAACAGACUGUUCUAUAGUGGACAGGUAAAGGGAGAGUCUGCCAUGAAGAAUGAAGAUGAUGUGGGCAGUUCUGUGGAUGUGGAAGUCACAGUAUCAAAUCGUGGAAAAUCUUUGCGAACACUAGGUUCUGCCUACCUGAAUCUAAUGUGGCCACAUGAAAUGGCAAAUGGGAAAUGGCUCCUGUACCCAAUGAAGAUCCAGCUGAAGGAGAAAGUGCAAUCUGGCCGUAGCAUGGAGUGCAGUCCCGUAGAUGCAGUCAACCCCCUCAAACUGAAUACAGUGAGAGAAGACACCAAAACCUCUGGGCAAAGUCAAAGCUCAGCAAGUCGGUGGGCAAUCACAUAUCCAGCAAAGAAGAAAGACAUUGUUUUGGAUUGUGCUCGUGGCACUGCUCACUGUACCAUAUUUCAAUGUCCUCUGUACAGUUUCGACCAGCAGGUGGUGCUCAAUGUCCAUGGACGGUUAUGGAAUAGCACAUUUUUAGAGGACUACCCAUCUGGAAGUGCCCUAGAGGUGGUCAUCAGAGCAAAUAUCACUGUGAAGUCUAGUAUUAAGAACCUGGUACUGAGAGAUGCUACAACACAGAUCUCUGUCAUGCUGUACUCUGAUCUUGAUAUUGUGACACAUGGAGGGGUUCCUUGGUGGAUCAUUCUUAUUGCAAUUCUGGCUGGAUUAUUACUGCUAUUACUACUAGUCUGUAUCCUAUGGAAG